CUACUGUUUAUGUAUGCACGGAAAACCCUGUUGGUUUUUUCCCCUGAGUCUGCAUGUAUAUAAAUCUCUUCUCACCUGCACUAAUUCUCAUCUGCCUCUUGCUCUGAACAUCUCAAACACACAGACAGAAGAACUGAGAGAAAAUGAGUCGGAUUUCAGCGUGUGUGAUGGUGCUGACAAUCGUGGCACUGGGUUUACUGUGUACUGAUGCUGCGGCUGUGUCGUGUUGCAGAAAGUACACCAAAGGAAUGAUCCCGAUGUCAUUAAUCAAAGGAUAUUCCAUUCAGACCAUUACAAGAAGCUGCCACAUUAACGCUGUCAUAUUCCACACAAACGGAGGCAAGAACAUUUGCACAGACCCGUCCAAAGGCUGGGUGAUGGAAAGCAUCCGUAAGCUGAGGGAGAAGGUACAAGCAAUCAACAAAAAGAAUUCCAAAGCUUAAUUCUGCGACUAAACAGAUGUUACUACAAGAGUCUAUUUCUUUAUGAAAUUUGAUGUGUCUGCAUAUUUGUGUAUGCUUUUUAAAUCUAUUUUAUAGAGUUUGUUAAUUUGUGUGGUUUUUUUAAAAUCCAAUGCAUUAAAUUUAAUUUUCUACAUAAAGUGAAA